AUGUGCACAGGGAAAUGUUCAAAGUGCAUUGGAAUCACCCUGUUCCCACUGGCGACAUGUGCCAUAGUCUCCAACAUCCUCCUGUACUUCCCCAAUGGACGAGUUCUGCAGCUCAGUGAGAUAACUGAUCUGGUCUGGUUUUUUCAUGGCAUUCUGGGAGCUGGCAUACUGGUUAUUUUGCCGGCAUUCAUGAUGCUGGGAGCAGGCGGAGCAGGAUGUUGUGCUAACAGAUGUGGGAUGCUGCUGUCAGUGGUCCUGGCUGUGGUGGGAUUUGCGGGAGGAGCGUAUUGUGCAGUCAUCUCCUCUCUGGGGCUGAUUGGGGGCCCCCUGUGCGACACAGGUGAUGGAGAAUACCUCUACCCCUUCAGGAAUGACACUCUGCAAGACAACUAUUUGUUCAACCAGACAACAUGGAGCAUUUGCAAAGAACCUGAAAACAUCAUCCUUUGGAAUAUUGUCCUUUUCUCUAUUCUCCUGGCCAUUGGUGUGAUUGAAGCUAUUCUUUGUUUUAUUCAAGUUAUCAACGGACUUACUGGCUUCAUAUGUGGCACAUGUAUGAGGAAAAGAAAGACAAAUAUUUCUGGAAUGUGA